AAAGCAAUUAUUACUUGCUCUUUGGGUAAUAGAUGCAUAAGUGAUCGCUUUGAUGUUGGCAAAGCAACAACAUGGAGAGCUGUUCGAAGAGUUGUCAAUGCUCUUUAUUUAUUUCUUUAUACGUUUAUUAAGUGGCCGAUAAAAGAAGAAGCAGAACAAACAUGGAAUAUUGUAAAAGACAAAUGUGGUUUUCCAAAAGUAAUUAGAGCUAUCGAUGGAACACAUAUACGUAUCGCAGCACACAAGAUUUAUCCUGAAGCAUACAUCAAUAGAAAGGGCUAUCAUUCAAUUCAAUUACAGGUUAUAUGUGAUUCUAACCUAAAAUUUAUACAUUGUUAUACUGGGCAAAUGGGAUCUGUGAAUGAUGCCAGAGUUUUUAAAUUAUCAGGAGUUUACGAUUUAUGCACUGAAAACUACUUUUAUGAUAACAGUCACAUACUAAUGAUGCAGCAUACAAUUGAUCCUUGCGUUAUAGUUCCUUUUAAAGAUAAUGGGCAUCUAACUGAAUCUCAAGUAAAAUAUAAUACAUGUCAUGCACAAAGUCGAAUAAUGGUAGAGAGAGCAUUUGGUUUACUCAAAGAUAGAUUCCGCAGCAUAUUAGAUAAAUUAUCUAUGACCAGAACAUAUUUGAUACCAAAAUACAUAAUUGUGUGUUGCAUUUUGCACAAUAUUUAUAUAUUACAAAAAGAUUUCAUCGAAAUUUCAUUUAUAGUUAAUGAACCGCAAUUUACUUUACAUAAUGAUAUUAAUAACAUUGAAAGAAGAAAUCAAGGCAUAGAGAAAUGAAAUACAAUUAUGUACUCAUUAAUGCAUGGAAAUAUAUAAACUAUAAUAAAAAUGUAAAUAGUAUAUAGUAUUUAUAAAAUAAUAAAAUG